AUGGAGGCAGAGGCGACACUUCUCAUCAUCCCCCCCAUCCCUUCGCUCUUUGUCUCCCGCAGAGGCUUCGGGUUCGUUACGUUCGCGGAUCCGGCGAGUGUAGACAAAGUCCUGGCUCAGCCCCACCACGAGCUGGACUCCAAGACGAUUGACCCUAAAGUUGCAUUUCCCCGACGAGCACAGCCUAAGAUGGUCACGAGAACAAAGAAAAUAUUUGUAGGUGGAUUAUCGGCUAAUACAGUAGUGGAAGACGUAAAGCAAUACUUUGAACAGUUUGGCAAGGUAGAGGACGCCAUGCUUAUGUUUGACAAGACGACCAACAGGCAUAGAGGAUUUGGCUUCGUAACUUUUGAAAAUGAAGACGUGGUGGAAAAAGUCUGUGAAAUUCAUUUCCACGAAAUCAAUAAUAAAAUGGUAGAAUGUAAGAAAGCACAACCUAAAGAAGUGAUGUUUCCACCAGGGACGAGAGGAAGGGCACGUGGAUUACCGUAUACCAUGGACGCUUUUAUGCUAGGGAUGGGAAUGUUGGGUUACCCGAAUUUUGUUGCAACGUACGGCCGAGGAUAUCCUGGAUUUGCCCCAAGUUACAGCUAUCAGUUCCCAGGUUUUCCGGCAGCGGCUUAUGGACCAGUAGCAGCGGCAGCCGUGGCGGCAGCAAGAGGAUCAGUCUUGAAUAGCUACAGUGCUCAACCGAAUUUUGGCGCACCCGCUUCCCCGGCAGGCUCCAACCCAGCCCGACCCGGAGGCUUCCCCGGGGCCAACAGCCCAGGGCCCGUCGCGGACCUCUCCGGCACGGCCAGCCAAGACUCCGGCGUGGGUAACUACAUAAGCGCCGCCAGCCCGCAGCCGGGCUCCGGCUUCGGCCACGGGAUCGCCGGACCUUUGAUUGCAACGGCUUUUACAAAUGGAUACCAUUGAAACGUUACACAUGGUUGGUUGCCAUCUCACUUGGAGAGUCUCUCUGGAUGUCCGGGCAAGACGGGGCGAAGUUUCUGACCGGGCCCACGUUUGGGUGAUCUCAUCAGACUUUGAGCACGACAUCAUCACCGCUAACGCAAACAAACGGGAGGUGGCACUCGACGGACUUAGGUUGUUUAAAAUCUCUCUCAUCAUCUCAUGAAUCUGCUGUACUAUAAAAACAACAGCUUUUAAAAGUAUGUAUAUAAAA